CCAAUAUGGCUUCAACUUGGCAGAAAACUCAAGAUUUCUACAAUUGGGCCCUUGAAAAUGGAGACCCGAGGACAGACCCCUGGCUCCUGGUUUAUUCCCCAUUUCCAGUCACACUUCUUUUCACCCUCUACCUCUUCUUUGUGGCACUGGGACCACGCCUGAUGCAGAAGUGGGAGCCAUUGAGACUCAAGGGUCUUCUGGUUGCCUAUAAUUUGGCUCUGGUGGCUUUGUCAGCCUAUAUGUUCUAUGAGUUUCUGGUAACUUCGGUCCUGGCCAACUACAGCUACCUGUGUCAGCCAGUGGAUUAUACCCAAAGCGAGUUGGGAAUGCGGCAGAUGGCGAGAGUGUGUUGGUGGUUCUUCUUCUCCAAAGUCAUCGAGCUGCUUGAUACGGUCAUCUUCAUUCUGCGCAAGAAGCCUGAGCAGGUGACUUUCCUGCAUGUGUAUCAUCAUGGCACCAUGCUCUUCAACUGGUGGGCUGGUGUCAAAUAUGUGCCUGGAGGACAGGCCUUCUUCAUUGGGAUGUUGAACUCCUUUGUGCACAUCUUCAUGUACCUGUAUUAUGGGCUGGCCAGCCUGGGACCACAAAUGCAGCGCUACUUGUGGUGGAAACGCUAUCUGACCCUCCUGCAGCUGUGCCAGUUUGUGGCCAUCGCUGUUCACUCCGCCUAUAACCUCUUCACAGAGUGCCCAUUCCCAGAUGGCUUCAACUUGGCAGUCUUCCUCUACAUCCUCAGCCUCAUUGUUCUCUUCCUAAACUUCUACUACUGGACCUACCUCGGGGGAAAGCAGGAGAAACUAACCUGAGGGGGGGCACAGUUUGAGGCCAUGGCUGGAAUUCACAUACACUCACUGCCUUUACUGUGAUUUCAUGCGGAAGAUGCAUUUGGAGAGACGGAGAGAGGAACAUACAAGCCAAUUCUUGGUUGCCUUAUCGUUAUCAGUUGGGAAGGGAAAUGAGACUAGCGGGCUCAGAAGAUGAAUACUGAGGUGUUUGUAUAUUGAAUAUUGGUGCAAAUGUAAGCAAACUUAAUAGAAAAUGACCGUUAUCAACAUUUGGUGACCUGUGUGAAAUUGCUUUUCUCGGGUCCAAGACUAGUGGAUACGUGUGCAAAGCAUAUCUGGCUCAUUUGUAACCUGUAAAGGAAGAACCAUUGGGAGUGGAGAAUGUAUUAGCUUGUCUUCUCUCCUUAUCAGGGAGCGCAUAGUCUAUUUCCCUUUUCUAUUCUUCCCCACCAGGAGCACACUAGCAGAGAGUGGACUUCAUCCUGCUCUCUCGUUCACACGGGUGUAACCCCAC